AUGGCUGGACCACCUCAGCAGGCUGAAGGCUCCGGCUCGGCUCAAGCCAGUGGCUCGAGCACUGCUCGCAAAACCUUUGAGCUCAACAACGACGUUCAGGUAGCCGAUCCAUCCGACUCCCUCUUCGCCUAUUCUCGUGAUGAGGAGCGAGUCCUCGAGGAUGCUGCACCAUGGAAGAAAGAUCCCCACUACUUCCACACCGUCAAGAUCUCGGCUGUAGCGCUCAUCAAGAUGGUGACGCACGCGCGCUCGGGCGGAGCAUACGAGAUCAUGGGCGUCAUGUAUGGCAAGGUCCGAGACGGGGUCUUCUGGAUCAUGGACGCCGCCGCCCUGCCCGUCCAAGGUACCGAGACCCGUGUCAACGCCGGAAACGAGGCGUUCGAGUACAUGGUCAACUUCCAGACAGCCAAUAACGAGGUGGGGAAGGAUGAGAUGUUGAGGGGAUGGUAUCACUCGCAUCCGGGCUACGGGUGCUGGUUGUCGGGUAUCGACGUCAAUACCCAAAUGACCAACCAAAGCUUCAACGACCCUUAUCUUGCCGUCGUUAUUGACCCCAACCGUACUGUAUCAGCGGGCAAGGUUGAGAUCGGAGCGUUCCGGACGUUUCCCGAAGGUUACGAAGCACCCCAGACAUCCCAAUACCAGUCCAUCCCGAUGGACAAGAUCGAGGAUUUCGGUGUACACGCCAACUCGUACUAUCCGCUCAAGGUCGAGAUCUACAAGACGAGGCUGGACGAGCAGCUCCUCGACCUUCUCUGGAACAAGUACUGGGUUGCUACGCUCAGUCAGAGUCUGAUCUCCUCCAACCGAGCAUACGCCACCUCGCAGCUCGCAGACCUCGGCGCGAAGCUUCACUCUGCCCCGCUCGACGCGUCAGCCAAGCUCAAGAAGAAGGAUGAGGGGGUCGAGGAUGAUGCGACACCGCUGAACCAGGCGACGCAGGAUAGUGUCCGCAUCAACACCGAGCUUCAAAAUGGAAUGACGGCGCAAGUCAUCAAGGAGAAGCUGUUCAAUGGCAAGCUGGACGCCGAGGGCGCGAGGAAGGCGGUCCUGGGUGUGUUGUAG